AUGUCGGAUAAGAAGACGGAUCUCACUCAUCCAGUUGGCUAUAAUCCCGGAGAACAACAUCUUGGGAAAUCAAAAGUUGACUCACACGAAGAUGGUUUGGCACCGCAAGCGGGAACACAUGGUCAGCCAAGUAGUCACAUUUCGGGACAGACAGGACCGGAAAUUUUAGGCGGAUCUGCAAGUACACGUGUUGUCGGUCAAUCAGUCGAUGAACAAUUAAAGAAUCCGUUACCAUCAAAGAGCAGUCAAUAA